GUCACCGUCAUCGCCCCACUUCUCGUGCGCUCGCGCGCGUCCUCGGCUGUCUCCAAAAGCACCGGUCGUUUCCGAACCAGCUUCUGCUACCGGAACGGUUUUUCAGUUUCAAUCGGUGAUCAGUUUCAUUGCCAGCAUGCAGUACGAAGAAUUCGUGUACAGCGAGCCAGUGGGUUACAGCCAGGGCUACGACCCGGCAGAGAGCGGGUCGUUGCUGUACGAUGAGGGAUCUAAGGAGUCACAGUCCUCAGGCAGCAGCCUUUGGCUCAUCACAGUGGUGUUCUGCACGGUAAUAUUUCUCCUCUUCGGAACUGCCGUCGCUGCUGUGGUCAUCAUGAUCAAGUCUGACUCUGACUCCUCGCGCACUGAAGCACGAGAGAUUCCAGAGCCAGGCGGUGGCGGGUCUGACGUUCAUGUGCCGAAGGAGGUGGUCAUCCGUCAGAAGCCAGGCACCAGUGGCAACGAGCCAGUUGGUCCCGAGCCAGCACAAAAUUUUCCCCCUCCCCCACCGGGGCAGUGGAAGUACGUGCCGCUGGCCGUAUCCAGAGAAGUGGCCGAUCAGAUGCCCCUGGUGUGCGUCAUGGGAGAGAAGACCAGCUCCGCUGACGCGUUCCCGGAUGACGGGUUAUGCGACUACAUCUUCUUCGACUCGCUCUACAAGAGCGGCCGCAACAUGGUGUCCCGGCCGGACACCUACAGCAACAGCCUGAACACGUUCCUCAACGAGCACCCUGACUACCAAACCACGACCCUUGGAGUUGGAUUCUCGUACCACUACUUACGGAUGGCGAAGCAAGACCUGAAAGGGAAAUACCCGAGCCCACUGGAACCCUUUUGGAAGAAGGGCAUCUACCAUGUCGGGAUCCUUGAUACCCCUAAUAUGAUGCCCAAAGAUCAAACCGAAGCGGCCAUUUCAACAUUGAAGGAAAUAGAUAGCCUGCUCGUAAUGCAGAGACAGCUGGGAAAGCGAGCUAUUUCUGUGCUCGCCGUACCGGACCCGGAGUUGGACUGGAGCUUGUCGUUUGCCAUCUAUUUCAACGAUCUCGACUUCACCCCUAACCUGGUAAUAUCUGUCAGCCACUACCAAUUUGGCGACAACACGGUCAAGAAUUGCGUCAUCAUGCCUCCAACGCGACAUCCGUUCGACAUUCCACCGGACGACAUCGCCAGGGACUACAACUAUGAUCUGUCGACUGCCGUGUUUAGCAUCCGAGAACUGUACUUGAAAAGAGUCAGCAGCAGAGGUCUGGUGUCCGUGACCAUGAAGGGCCGUUGGACGGUGCCUGUGUCGAGCAACCACGUGGACUUCUUCUCGCGCUGCCUGUCAGAUCCGAGCAGCAAGUCCGACUUUGGAAGUUACACAGAGGUGUGUCCGGACUCAAGAUCCGCAUCCAGUGUGAGCAACGGGGUUCAGCUAACUUACUCGGGCCAGCACUGCGCCAUGCUGACCUACAACCCGGACACCAGGCGCGCGUUCGUGUAUGACAACGAGGAUGCACUGGCUAUCAAGCUGUGUAGCGCAAGAGCCCAAGACCCGGAGGUGAAGUUCGGCAUCGCCGCUUACGACAUCGACUACGACGAUUAUGACAACCAGUGUGUCUCGCUCAACAAGUACGGCCGGCACAGCCGCUUGAAGCAGCUGAAGAUGAUUGUGGACUACUUCAGGAGCCAAAGUAGUCCCUCGUUCAACGAAGAAGCCUGCAGAGUGUUCGGGGCGUGAGGGCGUCGAGGUUGACCGUGUGCUUGUCCGAUGCCAUUCCGCAUGCCAAAGCAAUGGCGUGAAAUAUACUACUCAUGGAUUUGUGGUUCUAGAUGUAUAUUAUAGUGAACAUAGUUCAACACGACGAUAAAGCUUGAUAAACGCAACUUCGCUUCGGUGC